AUGUCUGCGACGGCUGCUUCGACCGGUCAAUGCACCGUGCUGUACUUUGCGGCCGCCAGCUCGUACACGGGCCGUGAAAGCGAGACGUUUCCCGCACCCGUGCCGCUCGCGCAGCUGCUGGCCGCCGUCGAGCGGCGGCACCCGGGCAUCCGCGCCCGCGUUCUGGAUUCGUGCCUCGUGACGGUCAACCUCGACUACGUAGACGUGCCCCAACCCGGCAUCGACGAUGCUGGCGUCGUGAUCCAGGCCGCUGACGAGGUGGCCAUAAUCCCGCCCGUCAGCUCCGGCUGA